AUGGGAGCCAACUUUACCUCCCUGGCUUUUCUUGAAGGUGACAGGACAAGAUGCAAGAUCCCAGUGUGGUCUGGAUGGUCUCGUUCCGACCUUCAACUCUCCUACGGCCUCGCCACCGGCUUCAUCUUCAACGUCAUCAUCUUCAUCGCCUUCUUUAGCGACGUCGACGUCAGCCACUCCUACUACCACCACGCCACAGGCCGACCCCGGGCUGGUGGCGUCGGUUCGGAGGCGGUGGAGUGGAUCAAGACCAACUUUGGUAUCACGCGAGAAGAAGCGCACUGGAUCGGCCAGACCCUGUUCGAGUGGGAGUUCAUCCUGUCCAAGUCACAGUCCGACUUCCUCGACGGCAGUUUCAACUACUACUUCCAGGAUGUGGAAGGCGCCUUUGACAACUCGGCAAGCGCCUCGCCGAAGAAGGUCGGUCAAGCGGUUGCCCAUCUGCUUUCCCUCUACACCCAGGUGGAAGGCGACCUGCGCACUCCCAAGGCGCAGGCCGACGGCGUUGCCGGGCGCGAGCGCAAGGACUCGUUUUCGGGCGAGAGCGGCUCGGCCGGGUGGCUCGGCCGCAACAUGCGCAAGAUGCGGGCCAAGCGCGAGCGCUCGUUCGACGACAGGGAUCGCACGGUCGACCGUGAGUCCUCGUUCGACUUCUCGCUGUCGACAUCGCCCGGCACCGAGCGAAUGAUGGACUUGGCGACGGACGAGGGCACCGGCAGUGGCGGCAGCGGCAGAAGCCGCGGCUUCGAUGGGUCAAAGUCGGUUGGACACAGCAGCAGCGGUGGGGGCGUGAGUGCGCUGGGGAGCGCAGCGUUCAGCGUCGAUGCCUCGUCAUCGGCGACGCCGGCGCUGUGGGCAGUGGAGGAGGAUUCGGCCGAGAUUCGCUACAUGCCCGCCGCCAGUCCCACCGAGGUGCCCCGAGUCAAGGCCGCAACCGCCGACAAGCUCGUCGAAUGGCUCACCACGCCCAAAUACUCAGGCAAGUCGUUCAUGACUCCGCAAGAGCUGCUUCGCAAGCUGCUGCAUCGGUACAUCGGCAAAUUCACGCCGCUCGAUCCCUACCUUAAUGACGAGGAGCGAGAGCAGCAGCUGCACCUGGUCCGCAUCAAAGUUGUGAUGGUCCUCAAACACUGGAUGAAGGAGCACGGGUACGAUUUCCGCAAGGAGGGCCGCGACUCUGGCUCCGGCGACAUCAUGUACGAACUCGAGACUUUCAUCACAGAUAUUCUGCCGCUGUACAUGAAACCCGCAGCCGAACAACUCCGAAAGACGUUUGAGGCGUGGGAGGCCGACUACCGAGCGAAGAAAACGAGUCAGGAUCUGUCGCCGCCUUCGGUGAGUCCCACGAAUGCGAAGGAGCUGAACAUCGACGACAUCGAUGAUGUGGGCAUCCUCGCCCAGCAGAUGUGCCUCCUUGAGCACGAGCUGUGGCGAAAGAUACGCCCGAGCGAAUGCUUGAACAAGGCGUGGUCCAACAGCAAGCAAAAGCACAUCACCUCACCCAACAUCCUGACCAUCAUCAAGCGAUUCAACAUGAUGAGCGCUUGGGUCACGUCGCAAGUGGUCAACAAGGUGAAGCUGACAGACCGCGUCAACGCGAUCAAGAAGUUCAUCACUCUCGGCAAGAAAUUGGCGGAAUGCAACAACUUCAACGGCGUGAUGCAAAUCAUGUCCGGCCUCCACUCGUCUCCCGUGUCACGAUUGAAGAAGUCGUGGGAGUUGAUCAACAAGGAGGCCGAGUGGGAGAGCGCGAUGCGGUUCCUGGAGGAGUUGACUUCGCACGACUCCUCCUACAAGCUCUACCGCUCUGCCCUCCACGGCUCAGUGCCUCCCUGCGUCCCCUAUCUCGGCGUGUAUUUGACGGACCUCACGUUCAUCGAGGACGGCAACCCCAACACGCUGGACGACCUCAUCAACUGGAACAAGAGCCAGAUGAUCGCCGCCGUCAUCACCGAGAUUCGAUUCUACCAAACGCCCUCCUACACCUAUCCCCUCGUGCCAGAGCUUCGCGACAUGCUGCAGGAGCUGCCGCAGGUGGAGGACGAAGCCGUAGCCUACACCCUCUCCCUCAAAGUGGAGCCCAGGGACACGACCGAGGCCAUUGAGACGCUGCUCAUGGAAGAGGCCAAGCUCAAGCAGCAGGUCCAGCAGCUCCAAGUCCGCAUCGCCGAUCUCGAGAUGGAGAACAGAAGGUUGAACGAGCAGAACGCGCAUCUGAUGGACGUCGUGAAGGACGCGCACCGAAAGAAUUCACGGCGGGAGGCCGGACCCAUCGUCGGCGAGCAGCGCGAGCAGGGCGACAGCAGCAGACGCGCCCUCAGAAAGAGCAAGGAGGGGAUGUUCUUUGACAAGGUGAUCAAGCGGGCCGCUGCGCCGGCGAGCAACCCGUUCGACAAGGAGCGACAAGAGAACGCCAGCAAGGCCUCCUCGCCACCGUUGUCCCCGCGGGAGACCGACGCCGUGCGGCCCACCAACUCGUCAGCCGCGGAAGCGCGCCCGGCCGCGCGGCCCCUCUCGCCUCGCGCGAACGGCAGCAAUGCCACGUCAUCACCGCCUGCACCGCAGCAGACGGCAGCAGCAGUGGUCAGCAAUGCCACGUCAUCACCGCCUCAGCAGGCCUCAACCCCGACGACGGCCCCGGCCCCGGCGGCGCAGCUCCAGAGACCGCAGAGGCCGACGGCCCCGAAGCCGCUGGUGCGGGCCAUCUCCAUCGCCGCCCUCAACAAACCCACCUCGGCCCUGCCUCCGCCGCCCGUCUCGCCACGGUCGGUCGCUGUGCAGAUCAGCGACAAGGCCAAGUCGGCCUCGACGCCCGACCUGCCCUCACUCGUUGGGGCGGCCGCCGGUUCGGAGUUAAAAACCGACCUGGGCUCGUCGUCGUCGCUGCCGUCGUCGCCAUCGUCCACCACCGCGGGCUCGCCGUCGCCGUCGCUGUCGGUGGCGCCGCUUCGGCCCAGCUUCGCCCAGCCGGGCAUCGUCGUGCAGCCGAUCGCCAUACCGCCGCUGCAGGCCCGCUCUCGCCCACGUCGCCCACCUCGCCGUCGGGGCCGACCGGCGGCUCGCGACGCCAUCGCCCGACGCCCUCACGGCCUCGCCCCACUGCACCACCGCCGGCCGCGCCCACGACCGCCGCCGCCGUCGCCCCCGCCCGCCGGCAAUUUCCUGGCGCCGCUUCGGCCGCAGCCCGGCAAGGCGCCGGCUGGCGGAGGGCCGCCGCCCGUACCGCCCCUGCCCUCGCUCGCCGCCGUCAACACCACCACGUCCCCCGCCGCCCUGCGGCCCAUCACGCCCGGCCGCCCGAUCGACUGA